AUGAAUCAAGUCGGCUGGAUUAAUAUCGUAUUAUUGUUGUUUGUUGUUCCAUCUACGGUCAACUGCUUCUUUCUUCAAGAUGUAGGAAAUCUAACAAUUCUACGUAACUUAUCUUGUGUUGUGAACGCUAAUGGGACAAUGGGAACUGAUUAUCAGUUCUGUGUUGUUCGUGUAUACAAUGGCACAAUAGGCACUUCUACUACAGUGGUUCCAGUAUACUCCGGCCUUCGGUACACAAAUACAUUUCUUCGCUACCUACAACAAAAUUGUCCAGAAUAUCAGACAAAUCCUGACACUACAGUUAGUGGGACAUGUACUUCAUCGUCAUCAUUUGAAACUUUCUCUUCCAUGCGCUUCUGUAUCUGUGCAACUGACAGCUGCAACAAAAAUAUAUCAACUUGUGAAGUAUCAAUUUUUAGCUUGGGAGACGCACCUGUACCGACCAGUUUUAUACCAUCUUUAUCCACAUUCAUUCCGUGCAACCAUACAUACAAUUCAUCUAUUAUAUGUACGGAACAACCGUUCAUCAAUUCCUCACUUUGUGACGAUUAUGUUAAAAAUAAUAGCGUGCUGUGCGCUAUUUCAUCAAGCGGAACCCAAACUAUACAAACAGCAUUGGUAGGAAUAGACUAUGAAAGGUAUCUCUCAGAGAAGGUCUAUCAGCUAAGAUCAUUAAAUGCAAAUAAUGGUAGCAACAGUUCGUACAGCGAAACAACGAAUAUCGCUUAUUACACAUAUGCUUCCGCGACAACUAGUUUACUUCAAGAGUGUGUGUGCACUAAUCUUUCUUAUUGUAAUUAUAAUAUGACCACAUGUGCCCCACAAAAUGCCGAAACGACUACAACUACAACUAUUACUACUACACCAGCCAACUUCACUACUGCCACAUCAACAAUAUCCGCUAAUGCCACGACAACAUUAGCUACAACUACUGCAGCAACAAACGCUACUACUACCGCAUCAACAGUGUCUGCUAAUGCCACGACAACAUUAGCUACAACUACUGCAGCAACAAACGCUACUACUACCGCAUCAACAGUGUCUGCUAAUGCCACGACAACAUUAGCUACAACUACUGCAGCAACAAACGCUACUACUACCGCAUCAACAGUAUCCGCUAACGCUACAGCAUUAACUACAACAUCCACUAGAACAUCAACGAGCACUUCUACUAGCACCAGUUCAAGUGUAGGCCAACAAAAUUUAGUAACGGGUGAGACGGGUCUUGGCAGGUCGGCAACCGCUGGUCUGGUUUGUGGCAUUAUAUUCUCUGCACUUUUGUUCAUUGGUGAAGUUCUCUUCUUUAAAUUUAUUUUUCCUCGCUUCUCUGGUCCAACUGGCGCAGAGCGUUCAGUUACUUAUCAAUCGAGCUGA